AUGUCAAUCUCAUCAGUCGACAUUUCGAGUCUCAAGCAGAGGUACGAAAAGGCGGGGCAGUCUCAUCUCUUCGCUUUUUGGGACACUUUGGAUGCUGAGCUGCAAGCCGAGCUUGCUCAGCAGCUUGAUGAGCUCGAUGUAUCAAGAGUCAACCAAGUCUUCCACACUGCCAUCAAGGCAGAUGAAGAAGCUAGGGCUGGCAGGUCGCAUCAAGUGCAGCCCCCACCUCCUUCGUCAGUAGAGAACACCAUUGAGGGUGAAGCAGACCCUGCCAAGGUUCAGCACUUCCGAACUGCUGGUCUCAAUGCCAUCGCCAAGGGUCAGGUCGGUGUUCUCCUGAUGGCCGGUGGGCAAGGUACUCGUCUGGGCUCAACUGCGCCCAAGGGCUGCUACGAUAUUGGUCUCCCUUCUCACAAGAGUCUUUUCCAGAUUCAGGCAGAGCGCAUCCUUCGCUUGCAACGUCUUGCUGCCGAGCACUCUUCUAGCUCCUCCUCCUCACAAAGCGCAGUUGUGAUUCCGUGGUACAUCAUGACGUCGGGACCCACACGGAAGCACACCGAGGCCUUCUUCGCGCAGCACAACUACUUUGGCCUGGACCAGAACAACAUCGUCUUCUUCGAGCAAGGUACACUCCCCUGCCUCUCGCUCGACGGCAAGAUCCUUCUCGAGACUCCAAGCAAAGUCGCAACAGCUCCAGAUGGUAACGGCGGCCUCUACCGCGCUCUGCGAACGCCCUACAAUAAGGGCCAGCCAGACACUGUCAUUUCGGAUCUCAAGAAGCGCGGCAUCAGGUACCUGCACGCCUACGGCGUCGACAACUGCCUUGUCAAGGUCGGCGACCCUGUCUUCCUCGGAGUCUGCCUCGAGCAGGGCGUUCAGGCUGGUGUCAAGGUGGUCAAGAAGGAGAACCCCAAGGAGUCUGUCGGUGUCGUUGCGCUGCGAGACGGCAAGUUUGGUGUGGUCGAGUAUUCCGAGAUUCCAGAAGCUCUGAGCGAGGCUCGAGAUGCCAACGGUGAGCUCUCCUUCCGUGCCGCCAACAUCGUCAACCACUUCUACACCACAAAGUUCUUGGCAGACGACGUACCCGCUUUCGAACCUGAGAUGGCCUUCCACAUUGCACGUAAGAAGAUCCCGACCAUCGAUUUGGCCUCCGGUCAGCCCAUCAAGCCUUCCACACCCAACGGCAUGAAGCUUGAACUCUUCGUCUUUGACGUCUUCCCCUUCUGCGAUAAGCUCGCCGUGCACGAGGUGGCCAGACAGGAGGAGUUCAGCCCUCUCAAGAAUGCAAAGGGUACCGGCGUCGAUGACCAAGACACUUCGCGUCGCGACCUUCUCGCUCAACAGAGCCGAUGGCUCAAGGCAGCAGGCGCCAAGGUUCAGGAAGGCGUCGAGGUUGAACUCAGCCCUCUCCUCACAUACAGCGGUGAAGGGCUCGAUAGCUUUGCCGGGCAAACACUGUCAGAAUCUGGCAACGUCGAGCCCUGA